AUGCAGAAAUUCGGCUGGUCCAACACAUUGAUCCUUUUUGCUGGAAUGCUUUUCCAAUGUGCUGUCUUCGCAGCUCUCUAUCGUCCAUUGACACCAGCGCUAGUUCUCACGCCGAUGAAACCUACCGAAGCGCAAGCCAUCAAGUCUCUUCUUCUUCUCGACGCAAGUGAGCAGACACCAGGUGCUGUGUCUCCCGCUGGUGAGGGUCAGUCGUUCAUGGUUCCCAUCUCUUCACAGCAUAAACUUCUUGGUCCGGAGGAUGGGAAAUCGGAUGGACCUAUGGAGAAGAAAACUUCACAAAUACCAUUGACAACCAUUUCUGAAGGACCUGAAGGAGAAGGAGAACCUGAGCAGAGCAAGGAACCUGUGGCAAAACCUCGUCACCAUCGUCACCACCGUGUACGGAAAUCCAAGAAACUGACAUUUAAACAACAUAUCCAGCAGCAAUACGCCCUUUGGGUGAAUGGCAUCAGCCUGCUUCGAAGUUUCAGUCAGAAGGACGAAGGGGGAGCUGGUGGUAAUGCGGACCCAGAUGUAGAUCCUGAUGCAGAUGCCAAUUCUGCGGGAGGAGUAUCUAAUGUCACUAGCGAUGUUUCCACGUGUGGAUCAUCUUGUGACGAGGAAGCCUCCCACUUUUGUUCCAAUUCCGAAGAUGAGAGCGUUAAUAAGGAGAACGAGGAUGAGCGAUGUCCACUGAAGGAGACCUCAAAAACUUCUCGCAAAUUGAUGGACGGUGGGGAUGUGCCUCAUGCGUACAAGGCUACUGCUCGCGGUGCAGCGCCUCGUAGGUCAAUUUCUACUGUUGAAUGUAUCAAGUCUACUUCCAGUCUGAAUCCUCGACUCAGAACCUCAAAUCCUAGGCACAGUCAAGUUACCAGGAGACGAACUCACGUUUCUGAAUGUUAUCCAACCCGCGAAUACAUAAGACCCAUCCCUAAGAGAUCCACUUUUUAUUUGGCUACGGCUUCUGCACCUCGCAAUCGAUCCGUUUCUGCGGCAUACGAUCAAGUGACUCAAUCCCGAUUGAGCACCUUUGGAUCGGCACUUCUUCCUCCAGCUGCCGUACGACCUGGUGCCUCAGCUUCUGAUAUCCGUUCAGUAGAAGAUUUGAUUGACUCCGGAGCUCCUGUUAUCGUUGAAUUGCCUCAUGAGAGUAUAAGCGUUGAGGACUACUCUCGUCCACUCUACAGGACAGAUAUCUUCUUCCCGGGGAGCGUAAAGCGAAAAAUAAGUAAGACAGCUGCUCAGAUCGCCGCCGCCGCCGCCGCAUCCAAUAUUGACGAAAAUCUUGACAACCGGGGUACAUCCACUCAAGCAUCGCUUGGUGGCGGCGUUGGAAUUCCAGAUGGUAUUCGAAAUCGAAAGAUUUCCAUGGGAACAUCCGUCUUUGGAAGUAGCAUUAACUUUGGCGACAAUGUACCUCUUCCACCAAUCACUGAAGUUUCAGUCCUCGAGAAUGGGGCUCCGAUAGACGAAAACUGGACAGGGUCUUGUAUGAUGUCUCUCACUCGAAUUCCCCUUCCUGAUGUGUUCAAUGAAGAAAAAUCUAAGUCGGAUCUGAGCGACGAAGAAGAGGCCAAAAUUUGGGAUCGCCUAAAAGUGGAAACCAAUAUCAAUCUGUCAGAGAAGCCAGCAGAUGGAAUCUACCAUGUCCCAAGGUCACAUUCUCUCUGUGGAUGGUGGCUAUGCUGGAAAACAGAAAGGACACAAUCUGAAGAUGAUGAGGAGGGUGAUAAAAUGGAGCACUUCAAGAGAUCUCUAUUUGUGGGAGAUAAAGACAAAAUGUCAAGGAAACCUAGACUUGUUCUUGUCAGACGAUGUGCAAGUUUGCCCAAAUCAAUGUUUGACGUCCUGGUGGCUAUGAUGAAUUUGUCGCUCUUAAAAUCGUUUAGUUUCGCCAUGUAUUGCUUGGCUAGCCUCAUUGCUGUUAUGGGUAUAUACGUUCCUCUCUUUUUCGUAUGUGAUCUUGCGGAUUCUUUCGAUAUUCCAACAAGUCAAUCGGCCUACCUUCUAACCGCUUAUGGUGCUGCCAGCGUGUUAAGUCGAUUGACCUGUUCAUGGGCAGCUGGAAUUCCGAACGUCUCGUCAACUCUCCUCUCCGCUGUGACAAUGCUAUUAGCUGCUGUUGUAGUCUGUGCUAUGCCCUACUGGGGGAGUCUAGCCGGUCAAAUGAUCCUAAUGGUCUUCUAUGGCAUUGUUAUCUCACCCUUCUUCUCCCUCACGUCGAUCAUUCUUUGCGAUAUUCUUGACCUUGAAGCAUUGACGAAUGCCUACGGUAUUGUUGUAAUGGUUCGUGGGAUCGCAAGUGCUGUGGGUUCACCCGCUGCAGGUGAGUUUAUUGAAACACUACUACUUAGAAUUACGUAG